CCUAAUUGCAUUGAUUGAGUUCACCUGUUGACUCCCUUAUUUAAGACUGCACUUCCCCUCACUCCUUCUUUUCACCUUCACAUGGGGAGGCAGACCUGGUGGUUUUCCGGUACUGGGCCACACACCCUGGGCCUGAAGAUGUUUUUAAUGACACUAAUGCAGAGUCCGAACCACCAUCUUCAUGAGCCCCAAGCAUGGUUCUCCCUUCUGAUGCUUGGAUCACGUUGCCGUGGUAAUCACAGACUAUCUCCCCUUUGACAAAUCUGCGAUCCGCAAUCACUCCUGUCAACAAAGAGAAGAUGAAACUUUGAGUUAUAUGUGAAUAGCUAGAAAACAAUACAGGCUGUUCUGGGUGUUAAAAUGCUCAAAACGUGGUGACAUUUUCUCCCCUUGCAAUGAAAACACCAUGUCUCACCUUUCCCUUUGUCUCCACCAAAGUCUUUGAUGGAGAGGCCCUUCCACCUCUGUGUCAUCACACUCCGGAUGAGCUGCUUGUUGCUGGCGAUGUCCUCUUUAUGGGGUGGCGUCCACAGCUUCAGCACAGUUGGAUAUUUGGGUUUGUUUGUUUCCCAUUUCAUGCCCUCAACACAUCUGUCAAACUGCCGCUGAGUCGGUUGGCGAUGUCUGAAUUUGGCUGGAAGAGAAACAGAACUUCAGUCAUAAAACUUGUUUAGGUGUCAUUUAUCAGUGUGAUAGUCAACGUUGGAGUAGGCUUGUAUAACUUGUGCAAUUAAAAGAUGACUUUGUGAUACGUGGCCAAGUGUGGAGGAGUAUUUGUACAGUCUGGAGUAAAUAUUUUUACUGGAAUAAAAGGGACUCAGUGAUCACUCAUCUACUUUCCAUGAUUAAAUACAAUCUCAACAUCUAGCACAUUAAAAUACACAAGGUCACAAGUAGUGGUUUCAGAUAGAAUUUGUCACAAAAUUCUACUUUUGUCUGAUUAAAAUUGGCCUUUUUGUUGAUGGGUGAAAACAGACUUUCACCAAAGACAGAGUUUGGCUAUGACAGUUUCUUUUUUUGCUUGGUGUCUGUUUUUGCUGCUUUUUGCUGCAUAGACAAUGGCUGACCAGAAUGAGAAAAGGACUCCUGAGUGCAACAUUGUGCACUGUCUGAAGUGCUUCAAGCCUCAGGAAAACCUACCAGUACACCUGGCUCGGGUGUGUAUGAAACAGAGCGAUCCAGAGGAGAGAGACGCUGCGGUGAAGGAAGCCAAGAAAUCCUUUAAGGAUUGGGCCAAAGCAGGGAGGAUGUGGGACUACAAAGAACUCAGUGAGGUCAUCCCUGACAAAGCCAGCUGUUACCGCAUGAUGAGGGAGCUGCUGCAGAGGGGGUGUUUUGUGGCUAACCAGCCCCACGAGCAUGACAUGGCAGGCUCUGCAGGUGAAUCCACCUCUGCUCGUACCUCUGCUGGAACCUCUGUUGGUACCUCUGCUGGAACCUCUGCUGGAACCUCUGCUAGAACCUCUGUUGGUACCAGGUUGCACACCCGGAUAACAGUCAAAACAAGAUGGGAUCAUUUUGUCAGUGGCAUGAAGUCUGGAAGGGCCUCUCCAUCAAAGACUUUGGUGGAUAUUUGUAAUUGUACAGUAUGUGUUCUGUCUGAAAUAAAUAAUUUUACUGAAAUAAAGGGACUCAGUGAUCACUCAUCUACUUUGCAUGAUUAAAUACAAUCUCAACAUCUAGCACAUUAAAAUACAGAAGGUCACAAGUAGUGCUUUCAUCUCUCCUGUUAUUUAUGCACAAUGCACUAUUGUACACUGCACUAUUUUACUUUAAUUUUACUUUUCUUAUUGUACUUUAUUUUGCUGUAUUUUAUCUAUUGAAAUAUACU